CGAGGUGAAAACACAUCUCAGUGCCUCAUGCCGCUACAUUUAAAGGAAUACAACUAAUUUCUCCUUUAAGAUCAGAUGGGAAGCUGGACCACAAACCGGCAUUAUGCACAUCUCUCCUUAAACAUGCGCUACACAUCGGAGAAACUUUAAAUGUCCGGAUGCGCUAUCUUUUCCAGAAGGGACGAUAAAUCUUUCAAGAUCUGUAAUGGAGAUGUGAAGCAGCGUCUAUGAAUCACUUUUAUUAACUGAUCGACGAUUCAGAUUAAAGAAUAAACCACUUGCGGCUUUUCAUGCCUCGCUGCAAUAACGAUGAAGAUUUCUUCGGUGCGUAAAGGAUCUAAGACCUCUAAUGGGAUUUUUUUUCCGUGUCAAACACUUUAAUUGAUCAGAUGAUGUGUAGAUCUCAUAUUACUCAAGACACGAGCGGGAAAAACGUGUUUCUUAUUAGUAUUUUCCCACGGUAUGGAGAGCUCGCCAUGCGCUCCUCUGGGAACGACUGCUGGUAACUUUUACGCAAUGGAUUCAGGAGGGAUUGCAACAAGUUUAAAGAGUCGUUUAUCUUCUGGAACAUGAUUAUAGUUUAUUCUAUGACUUUAUGGUAGCAAACAGUGUCGGGAUUUUGAAAGACUUUGGAUUUUGAAAAGGUUUUUUCGCGCAAACCGGAACAAAAUCCGUUGGCUCAUAUGGGAAUGAAACACUCAUCCCGUUGUUUGCUCCUCAGGAGAAAAAUGGCGGAUUCGGAGAACACUGAGGAGAUGCUAAAAGACGAAGUAAGAACGUUAACAUACAGGAACUCUAUGUACCAUAACAAACACAUCUUCAAGGACAAGAUUGUACUGGACGUGGGAAGUGGAACUGGCAUCCUCUCUAUGUUUGCUGCCAAAGCUGGAGCCAAGCACGUGUACGGGAUCGAAUGCUCAAGCAUUUCAGAAUACUCUGAGAAAAUCAUCAAGGCCAAUCAUCUGGAUAGUGUUAUAACCAUCUUUAAAGGAAAAGUGGAGGAGACAGAGCUUCCAGUAGAUCAGGUGGACAUCAUCAUCUCCGAGUGGAUGGGCUAUUGUCUAUUUUACGAAUCGAUGCUGAAUACUGUCAUCUAUGCCAGAGAUAAGUGGCUGAAACCUGGAGGUUUGAUGUUCCCAGACAGGGCUGCUCUUUAUGUGGUAGCCAUUGAAGACAGGCAGUACAAGGACUUUAAGAUUCACUGGUGGGAGAACGUUUAUGGCUUCGACAUGACCUGCAUCAGGAACGUAGCCAUGAAAGAGCCGCUAGUGGACACUGUGGACACGAAACAAGUCGUAUCCAAUGCCUGCCUGAUCAAGGAAGUUGACAUCUACACAGUGAAGCCAGAAGACCUGUCCUUCACAUCCUCCUUCUGUCUGCAGAUCCAGAGAAAUGACUAUGUCCACGCUUUGGUCACCUACUUCAACAUAGAGUUCACCAAGUGUCAUAAAAAGACUGGCUUCUCUACAGCACCAGACGCUCCGUUCACACACUGGAAACAAACAGUGUUUUAUCUGGAGGAGUAUCUGACUGUGAAAAGAGGAGAAGAGAUAGUGGGCAGUGUCACCAUGAAGCCAAACGAGAAAAAUGCACGUGAUCUUGACUUUUCCUUCGAGUUGGAUUUUAAAGGGCAGCUAUGUGAGGCCGCUAUCGCUCACGACUAUAAGAUGCGCUAAGUGUCCUGGAGUGGAUGAUACGGAGAUCCUGAUGCCACUUGAAAAAGCAGAGGCAAGGGCCACUACUGCUGGAGAAACAGAGAUCCAGACCGAAGCUAUUGCGUCUGGGAGACUUGCCGGCAUUUGGAAGCGCUGUGGCACUUCUAGCUAUAGCAGCUUUGACUUUGCCAACAAUAGCCUGCAUUAGUAUGCCAUCUUUACGACUGUUCAGGGGCCAACUUGUGUGCCCGUCUUAAACAAAUGAAUGUUAUUGUCCUAUGAAUGUUAAACGUUUGUUUAUGUUUUGUUGUGGUUUAGGGAUGGGAUGUUCAGGAUGAUAAAGUCUGUGCCUCUCUAUCAAUAUUUCAGCUAAGCAUUAUUCAACAUUUCUGUGUAGAGAACAACUCAGUUUGCAUAUUUAUAAUCCCUAUUAUUAGCCAAAGCAGUAUUGCACAAUAUAGUUACAAUGCAGUAGGGUAAGUCAUCUUGUAGGUUUAGGAUCAGGAAAAGUGGUUUUGAGUGCAAAAUCACGAUUUAAAGGUGGUGUGUGUACAUUUUAGCGUCAUCUAGUGGUUAGAUGGCGAAUUGCAACCAACAGCUCACCCCCCAAUUUCAAAACGCAUAUGUAAGGAGACCCACGGUGUGUAUGUAGAUAAGUGGUUAAUUUUAAGGUUAUAAAAACAAUAUAGUUCAUUAUGAAAGGUGUUUAUACACCACUGAUAAUAUAGUUAUGUAUAUUAUAUUGCAUUUCUGACAAGAGAUCAUUCUAAAAGUUAACCAAUGCAUCUUUAAUUGCAAUAUUUUGCAUAACACACCAACCAAGAUCUAUUUAAAUACGUUUAAUAUAAUAUAAUGGAAAGUAAAUAUUGUGCAAUAUUGGGAAACAUGAACAGCAAAUGUUUUCCUGUCCAAUAUUGCACUGAAAAAAAAUGAUUCAUUCAAUUUACUCAAAUUUUUAAGGUAAGUGGUUGCAAUCAAUUUAUUUAAGCUACAUUUAAACAAAAAAAUAGUAAAAUAAAAUAAAACAACUUUUGUUUAAAUGUAGCUUAAAUAAAUUGAUUGCAACCACUUACCUUAAAAACAUUUAGUAAAUUGAAUAAAACAUUUUUUUCAGUGUGUAUCUCCAGAAUUAACAGUAUUUUUUGUUAUUUAAAUGUGAGGUUUAUGUUCCAUUUUAUGCCAUUAUAUGGAGAAUAAUUAAAACAAUAUGAAAUAAACUAGCUUAAAAUUUAUUGAAUAUUAUAUAAAUAUUAAUAGGUGUACAAUAGCAUGCUAUAGUGAUGACGUUUUGGCUGUUUAUAGAACAUAAUAAUGCUGUAAAGACAGAUAAAAUACGAGAAUGAUGGAUAAUAAUAAAUAAAAUACAUCUAUGAUCAUCAAGAAUAAUGAAAGAUUUAUGAUGUUAAGAAAAAUUUGUGAUGUAAGAUGGUGGUUGUUUGAACUAAUAAAUCAGUUAUUUGUAGUGUCUAAUAAAGAUUUUGACAUCCAUUUGCCUGCAUUUUGAAUAAACUUCCACAAGGGGGCGAAAUACUCCCAAUUAUAAAUCAACCUGAAAAGUUUAGGGCUAGAUCGAGUG